GGGCGAACUUUGGCGAACUUAGUCGACGACGUUCCACUCUCCUUUAGUCGCUGUCGUAGUGUGGAGUUCUCGCAUGCUACAUGGUACAUUAGCUUUUAUCUCCCACAUUCCCCCUCACGCAAAUGGACACCGCGAGCACAAUUCGUCAUGACACUAGCCUUGGUGGGACAGAUUAUCUGUACCAGGUCAAACUGCUAUCUGCUCUGCGAAGCGGAGACCCAGCGCGCAUCCACACUUUCAUAUCGGAAUUGGGACAGGAGAGACGAUCAUCAGACGGUAAUGUCGAUCUAAGUGCCGCUGCGCUCCAUUUAGCGAUACGCUGUGCCUCCACUGACACAGUAGCACUGCUGCUCUCUUACCGCUCGGUAUCUCCCAACGGUGUCUACCCUCCCGGCUCGGGAACCACUCCUCUACAUCUUGCGGCGUCGAUACCCCGCGUGGAUGUCGUCAACUUAUUGCUCGAACAAGAUGGCAUCGAUGACACUCUGCGAGACAGCGAGGGGAGGACGUGUUUGGAUAUUGCGAAGGGCAGAGAGACCGUUCGAGCAAUCCAAGAUUCCCGAGCGCUCCUUAAUGCAUCGUACCGCUCGUUCCUUCGAAGCUAUAUCCUCUCAGCAACGAAUAACUCUCCACCAGAGGGGCUUGUGAAGCUACUCUCGUCGCCACGCGUCCAGCACGUCGACCUAUCCUACUUAGAUGACACGUCCGGUGUGACACUUCUCCAUGAGGCAGCAAGACGCAAGGAUCUCAAGCUGAUUGAACUUGCGAUCCGCGCUGGUGCGGAUGUGUUCGCAAGAGACCGUAGAGGGAGGGCGGUCUCGGAUGUUGUUGGGAAGGAUGAUCGCUUGAAGGCCUUUUUGAGACAAUACACCAAUCAAGACAGAUCUCUGCUACCCGCCACGACCUCAGAGCCUCCAGAGCUGAAAGGGUAUCUGAACAAGUACACCAACGUCGCAAAGGGAUAUAACAUCCGCUGGUUCGUUCUCAAGGACGGUGUCUUGUCGUAUUAUCGCCACCAGGACGACGAGAAUGUCUCAUGUAGAGGUUCCAUUGCGAUGAAGACCGCGACGCUCAACCCUUCUCCAGGAAACUCAGGCCUCCGCUUUGAGGUCCACUCCGCCCCGACUCGCGGUCGUCAUGGGCAGAAAUGGUACCUGAAGGCGAGUCAUCGUGUGGAGGCCGCUCGGUGGAUACAAGCGCUGCAGCAGAGCACGGAGUGGGCUAAGCGGGAAGGUGAGCUCGUGCGGAAGAGCGGCGACAGCGAAGCACCGAGCCACCACGCGUCGGUGAGGAGCAAUCUCAGCAACGUGCAUCUGACGCGCAUCCGGUCGGCCGUGAACGGCAUCGCGUCUGCGCCAAGCUCGAUAGCAGAGGCGGACGAGGAGCCCGGCGAUGAGACCGGCUCGCCGCUGCACGGGAGUGGUGAGGAGCACUCGUCCAUGACGGGGUUGAUGGAUCAGCGGCCGCCGCACGACGCGUCAUUCCAGCUACAGGGCAAUGCUCUUCUCGCACACGUCGAGCUCACGUCACAAUUGCUCGCGCAACUCCCGGUGGAGGCGGCGCCAGGCUCGCGCGCGGCGGAGCUGAAAAAGGCGCUCGAAGAGACGACGGCGUCAGUGCGGAGCAUAGUCGCGGAGUACAUUCAGAUGGUGCGUGACCGUGAAGAGUGGUGGAAGGCGCAGCUCCAGCGCGAGCGGGAACGGCAGAGCCUGUGGGAGGAGAGCCUGCAGAUGGUCGUAAAGGAGGGCCAGGCGCUCGAGCAGGAGCUGAAGAAAAAGUCGCGGAGGCGGAGCCGCGUAGUUGAGUCGAGCUAUGGGACAACAGGCGGUCUGGAGAGGGAGGGAUCGACGGUGAGGAGGCGAGCAUCUCAGCUUGUGACAACGCCUGAAGCCGAAAUGGAGACGGACACUGCAAUUUCGGAGCAGUCGCCGACCCCCACGGGUACCACGACCCGCCGGCCAUCGUCGCGACAGUUGUCGGUUAUCUCUCCUGUGCAGUCCAUUCUAGCGGCGUACCCGUCCCGGCAGCAUUUGCGCAAUGCACCUGCAGAGAUGGAGGAUACAGAGUCGUUCGUUGAUACGGACGAAGAGGACGAGUUCUUCGACGCAAUCGAGAGCAACGCCCUCCCGAAUCUCAUCAUUCUCCAACCUGCGCCGGAGCACCUAUGGCUCGCCAUCCAUCACGAUCAGUAUAUCGGUUACUUGAGGCUGCGUGAGCGAUUGGCAAUUGAUCACGAUGAUCGACCGCCAAUGAGUCUCUGGGCUGUUUUGAAGAACAGCAUCGGGAAGGAUCUGACGAGGAUUUCGUUCCCUGUGUUCUUCAACGAGCCUACGAGCAUGUUGCAGCGCAUGGCUGAAGACAUGGAGUUUUCCGAGUGUCUCGAUUCCGCAUAUGCUGAAACUGACCCCCAUCGACGUAUUGCGUUUGUUGCCGCGUUCGCAAUGUCAAACUACUCGUCCACAAUUGGGAGAAUCGCGAAGCCCUUCAACCCGAUGCUGAGCGAGACGUUCGAGUAUGUCCGACUGGACAAAGAUUAUAGAUACAUGUCAGAACAAGUCAGCCAUCACCCCCCGAUCUCAGCUUGCUGGGCCGAAUCCCCUCACUGGAGAUAUUAUGGCGAAGUUGACGCUCAGAACAGGUUUAUGGGCAAGUCCUUCGAGAUCCGCCCUACGGGGGUUGCCCAUGCCGAGCUGCUUCUUCCGGAGGAAAGAGCGCCAUCAUAUCCAAAGGCGAAGGGAGCUCAUGUUGAAGGCAAAGUCAUCGAGCACUACAGCUGGAAAAAGGUCACAACGAAUGUUUCCGGGUUUAUUCUUGGUUCGCCAACCAUUGACCACUACGGAGACAUGGUGAUCACAAACCAUCGAACCGGAGAUAAGUGCGUGUUGACGUUCAAGCCGCGCGGUUGGCGAGGAAAGGAUGCCUACGAGAUCUGUGGAUACGUCGAGGAUUCAUCUGGUACGAUGACAUUAGAAAUCGCCGGUCGUUGGAACAGUCAACUCGUUGCUCGAGUGGUUGGAACAGGAUAUGGGCAACUCCAUCCAGAUGUAGAUGUCGACUGUGCUGACUGUCCCUCAGAGGAGCCGCAGUACAUUCUGCUCUGGCGGAACUCCGAGAAGCCGCCUGCGCCUUUCAAUCUCACUCCCUUCGCGAUCACUCUCAAUGACUGUCCGCCAACACUAGGGCCGUAUGUAGCUCCCACGGACUGCCGGUUACGUCCCGACCAAAGGGCAUUCGAGAUUGGCAAGUAUGAGUACGCAAACGAUUUGAAGAACAAGCAGGAGGAAUUCCAACGGGCGAUUCGGAGGGCCCGCGAGGAGGGCCGCUUGCCACCGCACAGACCGCGGUGGUUCACGGCGCGAACGGAAGCUGAUACGGGCGAACGAGUAUGGGAGCCUGCGAAGAUCAACGAGGAACUUGAAUACUGGAUAGAGAGAGAUAAGAUAUGGGAUGCGAAGCAAAAGGGCAAGUCGGUAUCGUGGAAGGGAGUCGACCGCAUAUUUAUCGAGGACACGCCCUAGUAGCCAUCCUCGAUCGGCGUGGGCUUAUGGACUCCUCUAAUUAUUCACUAUAUUUUUGGUAGUUUGGUCCACGUUGGAUGGAUUGUCCACUUGUUGGUGAUGGAUAUACACGUCGUAGAUCGCACAUUAUUGCGAGAGCGCCUCCUAACCUGUUGUACGUUGCUGUUCUAAUACGAGAGUUUGAUGACAUGUAUGAGUAGAUUGCGCCCUGUGUGUUAGCCCGAUCCUCCUUACACGUCCGACGUUGCUUUCUGUAACUGUACUUGCUCUUCACUUGUCUCCGUAGCUCAAUCGAUUCCGUUUACGCAUUCUAAUACAUACGAUCCAUUGUGUUGGG